AUGUUCCUAAGUGCGAUUUGGCUCUACUCGUCAUUCAUCUUGGUCCUCACCGCCCUCGCCGGGACACUUGCGCCAAACCGCACCUCACUGCUCAGUCCAACGCAACACACCGGCACCAUGAAGGGCACCUCGAUUUUCCAGUUCAAGUCCUGGCCCAAGAUUCAUCAACCCUUGCCCAGGACUCCGCGUGAGAGUCAACAACUGCUGAAUGCCCUCACUUCGUCCUUCCGUCGCCAGCUAGAUGGCGCAUAUCCCGCAUCAGGCAAUCCGGCGCGACCCCUCCCCAACCCCGAAUCAUCGGCUCAUGCGACAGAUCAGCAUCUGCAGACUAUUUUGAAAAACCCCCUGUUCCGCAUCGUGCCUUCAGGGUCGAGUGGGCAUGAGCAGUCUACCUUGCAACGCGUCGAGGAUCAGCGGAAACUCGUCGAACAGCCCAUGGCGGUGAUGGACCAAAUGGCUGCUGCAGGCUCAUUGACUGCGACCACCAUCAGAGACUGCCUGAGAUACCAGCUCCUGCUUUCCAGAUCGCCGGACCAAAUGAAGGCGUCUCGAGCUGCAUCCCGAGUUGUUGAUUGGUAUUGGGCAUCGGAUGGCGCUUCCCGGUUAUCACUUCUACGUCUGCGCUCAGCAACAAGCGCGCUAGCCAAGUUCAUGGUCAUGGAAGGAAUGCAUGGCACAAUGAUGGAGUGGCUGCGAAUGAUCAUGAACCAUGACCUCGGCAGCCAGGACGGCCACAUGGCCGACGGGAUUGCCCGCCAAACGUUCAGCCAUCUUCUGGUCGAUUUCAUAGACGCAGAGGCUUGCUAUGGAAAUGGCUUUGACUCUGCAAUCACGCAUUAUCUAAAUGUGUGCCAGAUGCAUUUCCAAAGUACAUCCGUGAAGUCGAGAAACCCGAUGCUGUUGGCAGCGGCUGCCCAUUUGAAUCGGAUUUCCAUUGCCAACAAGCCAACCGAUGCCCAAAGAUCAGCAGAAGUGAACGAUCAAUUCCGAGAGAUGGUCUCUUUGUUGGCUCCGCGGUCCCUGUUGCUAGCUUCUGUGGCGAUUUGCCAUCCAGUACACCCUGACCCAAGUGUAUUCGUCCACUUUGUAGCCAAGCUUUCACCGAGCGCAUUCCAAAAGUGGAACAAGGCUAGACGUGAUGCUUUCUUUGAGAUUGGCUCAGAGGCCCUUCGGGUGCUUGUCGAACAGGACAAGUUCCGAGACAUCUCUAAGCUGGAGCAUUGCAUCUCAAAUUUGCUGCCUGCGGAGAUGCCGACCCCGGCUACCGAAACCUCCCACACAUCAACUGAAGAGGAGCAUCUAGCACGACUGAACUUGGGUCUCACCUGA